AUGGCCCUCCCAGUGUCUGUGCUGAUGGCUCUGCUGAUGCUCUGCUCCAUCCCUACCUGUCGUCUGGCCUGUGUCCUGCGUCCAAGCCAUGGCCAUCAGGAAACCUUCACGCUGUUGAAUCAAAUGGAGAAAGUCUCCAUUCUGUCAUGUCUGAAGGACAGGACUGACUUCCAAUUUCCUCAGGUACUGAUGGAUGGGAACCAGUUUGAGAAGACACAUGCCACUGCUGUCCUGCAUGAGCUGCUCCAGCAAAUCUUCAACCUCUUCAGCACAAGUGACUCUCUUGCGACUUGGGAUGAGAGCCUGCUGGACAAAUUCCUCAUUGGACUUCAUCAGCACCUGGAAGAUCUGGAGACAUGUUUGGAAAAGGAAAGGAAGGUGGAAGAGACACCCCUGGGAAGUGAGAACUCCAGACUGGCUGUGAAGAGGUACUUCCAAGGAAUCAGUGUGUAUCUGAAAGAGAAGCAAUAUAGCUCCUGUGCCUGGGAGGUUGUCCGGGUUGAAAUCAGAAAGUGCUUCCUCUUCAUUAACAAACUUAAAGGAAACCUCAGGAAAUAA